AUGGAAAGUAUGUUUAGUGCAAAUAGUAUGGUAGCAGCACCGCAGCAGGCGACUGGACAAGUCGCAUCUAACGGCAGCACAACUCUACCUAGAUCUCACCACCAAAGACCUGGACGACCACCUGCAGCACCUAAAUCAUAUGAUUACUUAUUGAAAGUUUUACUUGUGGGUGACUCUGAUGUUGGUAAACAAGAAAUUCUUCAAGAUUUAGAGGAUGGAUCAGCUGACUCACCUUUUUGCAGUGGUAGUGCAUACAAAACAACAACUAUACUCUUAGAUGGCAAAAGAGUGAAACUACAAUUGUGGGACACAUCAGGACAAGGCAGAUUUUGCACAAUCAUCCGUUCAUAUUCAAGAGGUGCUCAAGGAAUUCUUCUUGUUUAUGACAUAACUAACAAGUGGUCCUUUGAUAGUAUUGACAGAUGGCUAGAAGAAGUAGAAAAGCAUGCGCCAGGUGUUCCUAAGGUGCUUGUAGGCAACCGACUUCACUUAGCAUUCAAGAGGCAAGUGCAAGAGCGUGACGCAGAAAUGUAUGCAGCGAAAAAUCACAUGGCCUUCUUUGAAGUCAGCCCGCUUUGUGAUUUUAACAUUCGCGAGAGCUUCUGUGAACUUUCAAGAAUGGCGCUACAUCGGAAUGGUAUGGAACGGCUUUGGAGGAGCAAUAAAGUCCUCAGUCUCCAAGAGUUGUGCUGUCGUGCGAUAGUGGCUCGAACAUCUGUAUAUGGACUCGAGCGCCUUCCUUUGCCGAGCACCCUCAAGUCUCAUCUCAAAUCAUACGCCAUAUCAUCUGCGCCGAACCGCCACCGCGCGAGACCAUCUAAGCACCCCCAUCACACCAGACUUAAUUGUACUGGUAGGAACUCUUGCACGAUUACAUAA